UGAUGUUCCUCCAGGGCAUUGACAUUCUGAGUCACAACAUCCUCUAGACGCAGAGUGAAGUUGGUGUUUUACUCAGCAGCGUACAUUCUCUUGGGCCAAGAAGACAGAGUAGUGUGCUUACCUUUCAAGCAUCUCUCAAGCAUCACAGACUUUCUACAACUUCAUCAGUAGAGAGAGACUGUGCCGGGCACAGGGUAUCUCAGUCUGGUCUCUGGGAGUGAGUGAGUGAGCGGUGAAGUGACAGCCAUGGCUCUGGGCUUCAUGUCUGGAGUGGAGGAGUUGCUGGCAUCAACCUGCAAGGUUGUGUGGAGCUUGGCAGAGCAGAACCUCAGAAGGUGGUCCUCUCAGGGGAUCAUGCCAACCCGCCGCUUCCUACAGACAUGGUGGCAGCUCGGGGAGUUCUAUCAGAUGACAGAGGGCCGGCUGUGUCAGGUGCACCUCCUGGACGACAGGAAGCUGGACCUAAUGGUCCAGCCGAAGCUCUUGUCCCGGGAUCUGUUAGACUUGGUGUCCUCACACUUUAACCUGAAGGAGAAGGAGUAUUUUGGAAUAUCCUUCAUUAAUGACACUGGUCAGAGUAAAUGGCUCCAGCUGGAUCGCAGGGUCCUGGAUCAUGACUUCACGAAAAAGACUGGUCCACUGGAGCUCAAGUUCCUGGUCAGGUUUUAUAUUGAGAAGAUAACAUUUUUGAAAGAGAAUACAACAGUGGAGCUGUUUUUCCUAAAUGCCAAAUCGUCAGUCUUCAAUGGGAUCAUCGAAGUUGAGAGUGAAAAUGUUUUCAAAUUAGCUGCAUAUGCUUUGCAGGAGGCCAAAGGAGACUACACAAGUGUUGAAAGCUCCAGGUCGGACCUGAACAAGCUCCCGGUUUUACCCACUAGAGUCCUGAGGGAGCACCCCUCCCUGGUAUACUGUGAAGACCGAGUGAUCGAGCACUAUGAGAACCUGAAGGGCCUCAGCAGAGGGCAAGCAAUUGUGCGGUAUUUGGCCUUAGUGGAGUCCCUCCCUACAUAUGGAGUUCAUUAUUAUCCAGUAAAGGACAAGCAGGGUCUGCCGUGGUGGCUGGGAGUCAGCUAUAAAGGCAUUGGACAGUACGAUUUACAGGACAAGUUGAAACCUCGGAAGUUGUUUCAGUGGAAGCAGCUGGAGAAUUUGUAUUUCCGUGAGAAGAAAUUUGCUGUAGAGGUGAACGACCCUGACAGAAGGAUAGUUUCCAGGCGUACUUUCGGGCAGACUGGAUUGGUCAUUCACACGUGGUAUGCCAGCCACUCUCUGAUUAAGACCAUCUGGGUGAUGGCCAUCAGUCAGCAUCAGUUCUAUUUGGACAGGAAGCAGAGCAAAUCCAAAGUUACCACGGCCAGACGUUUGGGUGACAUCGCCAUGGACCUGACGGAGAUUGGAGCGCCCAGGAUCAGUAAGCUGUCCAGCAUGGAGAGUAAAGACCAGCUCAUCAUGGCCAGCAACAGAUCCCUCAUCUCAGCAGGGUCAGAAGACUCUGAUGUGAGCGAGGAGUUAAAGAAGGAGAAGAUUGCUGACCUGAAGAAUAAAGAGAAGGACUUGCAGGACUCUCUGACUCAGAAACUAGAGGAGCUCAAGAAGAUCUGCCUGCGAGAAGCUGAGCUGACAGGCAGGCUGCCUAAAGAGUACCCUCUGGACUCGGGUGAAAAGCCCCCCGUGGUGCGUCGGCGCAUGGGGACAGCCUUCAAACUGGACGACCUCUUUCCCUAUGAUGCGGAUCCCCAUCUCAGAAACCUGGAGAGCAGGUUUGCCCUGCAGCAGAAGAUCGUGGAAGCGGCCAAGAAACUAGCCAACGAGGCUGAGCUCUGUAAGACGGUGAAGAAGAAGAGGAUGAGGAACUGCCUGGACGCCAUGAGGAAGCUGCAGGAGAUUGAGGAGGAGAUCAACAAAUACAGGAUCAAGAUGGGCAAAAAGCCUACCCAGAGAGCAUCAAUAAUCAUAGCAGAUGAUGUGAACCUUGCAGAACUCAGCUCACUGUCCGACAGUCUUACUCUGGACGAUGACGAGGAUCUGGGAGGCCAAAAGCAACAGUCCCAUUCUGUGCAGUACUCUCCCCGGCCCCACCACUCAGAAACCCUGAGCCUCCACUACCAGUCUGACCGACUGGCCUCAGCCCACGAGCAGUCCCAGGACCUCAGCCCCAACAACAGAUUAAAUUAUGGCGAAGUCCAGGAACCUUUCCACUACAAUCACCAAGAUGCCUUAUCGAGCCACAAGCCUGCCUCUGCACACAGCAUGCCUCCCACCCCCCUCCUCACCCGCAAUGCCUACAGCAGCAUCCAGUUCAGGUCAGAUGACGACCCCCAGCAUUUCCGCCAGCGGAGUGGCAGUCUGGAGUCCCAGUCUCAAGAGACCACACCCCCGGCGCCAGCGUUCGUCCCGUUCCGCCGCAGCAACAGCACAGAGGUCCUGGACGAUGGCUCAUCCUACACCAGCCAAUCCAGCGCGGAGUAUACAGUGCCUGGGAACCAUACCCACCGCCCCAGGGACCGCUGGCGUGGCAGGAAGGGCAACAUCUACGCCAACACGGGCAGCAUGCCCAACUUGGCACAGGCUGAUGCCUGCUACAACACAUACCAGCCCCCCCGGGCACCACGACCCACCACCACGGCCUACUAUGUGACGGGCUACCCCAGCUACACAGAGCCAGAGCCCUACUCUAAUGGAGUCUACAUGUACAACAACGAGUUAGAGGGUCACUACAACGUUAACCCUUCAUACCACGCCGCGCCGGCCAACCACGGGCAUGAUGUGUACAGCAGUCGCUAUGGUGACGACGAGAUGGACAGUAUGGCUCAGAACCCCUACGCCACCCUGAGGCCGCCCAGGAACCGUCAAGCUCUGCCCAGGACGGAACAUUUGACCAAGAACAUCCAGAAGGCGCUGGUGGCAGAGCACCUGAAAGGCUGGUACCAGCGCAGUGCAAGCCACAAGCAACCACAGACUUACGACUACAACCAGAGGGGUUCCCAGCAGAGCCUGGGUUACCAGACCAUGCCAGCUCCCUACAGCAGGAACACAUCCUACUCCUCAGUCUCAUCACAGCAGUCCUCCACAGCAGGAGGCUGGCGCGGUCACCUAGGAGGGGGUAUGUCAGAGUUCCACAUGCCCCUACCGGUGCAGCCGCCUUACCCCUCCUACGGCACCGCUCACUACAGCCAGCACGCCCACAACAGACCCAAUGUAGAUGUGAACCAAACAGAAACCUACAUCAACAGCCAAACGAACUGCAGCUUGGAUCCAGAUGACCAGAGACUUUACUGGCAUGAGGGCUCCUCCAAACCUGGAACUAUAGUGUAGCAGUCAGGGCCAUCAACUUUCUCAACUUCCACUUUGUGACACUAACAUGUGCCUUGGACUGCACUUACCUGUUUUUCUGUAUGGAAAGAAUCAAAUAUCAACCACUGUGGAAUUCACACAGGGGAGGACCUUAAGUCUAAGUACAGCUGAUUUGAGUUCUCAUACAAGGAAUUGCCAAACAAAGUAGGUCCACCUGCGUACGCUCUCUGAAAGCAGAAUUACAACACGGUCACCUGAUCUGAAUGUUCUGGAUUGCUAGGGGGGGUGUUUGUCUGUGCACUGAGUUGCACUUGGUGCUGUGGCUGGUUGGGUUAGCCUGAGAGGCUGGCAUGAGGAUGGAGGAUAAUGAACAUGACUUGUCCUGCAAGAUCGAUAAUUGGGCAAGCUUUAUGCUCACCAUUACAAUGACAGACCUCUCCAAUAUUGACACUUUUAAAUGUUGAAAUGAAGGAUUGAAAUUGGAUUUUGAGUGUAAAGAUGACUAGCAAUGGCGACCUGCUGAAACGUUCUCCAGUCACUACUGAUUUCUAGAGCCCAUUCUAUGAUAGUGUUUGUAGAUACUGUACAGCACUUUGUGCUAUUCUUAGGUUGUCAGUCUUUUUGCCCCAGCCAUUUAACACAGUAUUUGGACCUCUCUCUUGUUCUCAGUAAUUUGAUCAUCUUUACUGCCAAAUGCUUCAGUCUAACCAUUAAGGUCUAGACUCAACCAUGUCAGCUUUUUUACUUUCAAAGACCAUGUUAACACUAUCAAUGCCAGUUAUGUAAUGUGUCCACUCUAUUACAUGGCUUCAUUUUAUUGCUCAAUGCAGUGAGACAAAAUGACAGUUUUAAAUGCUUAUUGCAUCCCAUGCUGGAAUCCAUGGACUGGUGCUUUCGAUUUCUCUCAAUAAGGAAUUUGUAUGUACAUGUUGAUAAUGUAAAUAGAUUGUACAGAACUGUUUUUGGAGCAUUUUUUAUAUAUUUUAAGAAGCAUGUUAUGAAUAGUAAACCAUCACCUUUGUCAAGCUGGUUCUUAGUCGUUUGUAUAAUUUGAAAUGCGUUUGAAUUAAAACAAAUAUUUUGAGCUA